GUAUGGUUCUCUUCUAAUGAGGCUAAUUGUGAAGGCCGACCUCUAAAAGGAUGAGAUCCGACAGAAAACCGCACACCCGAAAAAGGAUUUUUUUCCGUCCUAAGCAUUAUAAUCACCUCCUCAAACGUGGAAUGACAUCAACGUUUGCUUCUUCCUUAGGUUAACAUACAGUGAAUACAUUCGGCCAUCAUACCAAAAGCUGCAAAUCGGACCAAAUUGCAACACAGAAGUGAAUUUAUGGACCUAAAUAGCUGAAAAUUUCAGCUUCCAUACUACUAGGUGGAGGUCUUUGUCACAUACUAUCGGAUUGAAGAGCAUAGAGACUGAAAAACAUAGCAAAUUGAAGCAUACUUUUAUCAGUAAAAAUGUAUUGGAUGAAAGGAGGGUGUAAACACAGUUGUCAGCUGCAAACAUUAUCGUAUCUGUGUCCACAGAUCAUUUCUCUGUUUUCUAUGCCAAUGUUAUUGGAUUCAAUCAGGCCAUCUUGUUGUUAAUGAAGUUUUCAAUCCUUAAAACAGAUUUAAGCCUGUAACACUCUUCAUAAUAUCGUAUGCAAAAUUGAAAAAAACCUUCAGGGUACAUGGCAGAUGGCAUCAGUCUUCCAACAUGUGUGGUGUGUAUGGAGGACCUUGGGGCCAAUGGUGGACCUGCGUCUUUAACUUGUGGUCACAAUGGUUGUCUAGAGUGUUUACAAGAGCUGCAGUUGCGCUUGGAUGUACCCUUUUGUCCCCUUUGUCGUACACCAUUUGAUCCUAAUUUGAAUCUUAGAUUGAACAUUGAUUUGAAUGAUGCACUGGAAAGAAUGAAGAAAAUGCCACAUGUAGAGAGAUAUGCAGCCUCUCAAAUAAAUUCAUUCAGUGAGUCAAAGAGAGGCCUUCCAUUGCCGAAAGAAACCGGCCCCUGGGUACAAGUAUCAGUUUCACAGAAAGGACAUUCAUCUUCUGUUGAUCAUGCCUCAUGUGAUGCAAAUUCUGAUAUCAAUAGAGGUUCUCAAGCAACAAUGCCAGAAACCCCCCCGCCCGAAGUAAAUUUAAGGAAUAUUAUAAGUGGUUUAUAUACAAUUGUAACAGGGAGAAAUAUAUCAGAUCCCCAUCAAGAAGAACCAGGGAGAAAUAUAUUAGCUCCUCAUCAAGAAGAAAUACCGGACACUACAUCUGAGCUAUCAUCUGAAGAAACAGACAUUACUACAUUGUGGCCAGAAGUUAACUUGCCAAGUGCACCACCCAUCCUGCAUGUAGAUGAGGAUGAUAGUCACAUUAUUCAAGCAAUUUUGGAAGCAGAGCCACCUCAGUGGGUUCCUGAUAGUUUUGCUUUCUGUUGUAUGCGCUGUGAGGCACCCUUCAAGCCACUUGUUUGUGGAAGGCAUCAUUGUCGUUUCUGUGGAGGAAUAUUUUGCAGAGCAUGUUCAAUGGGAAAAUGCCUGUUGCCUGUAAAAUUUAGAGAGCGAAACCCACAAAGAGUUUGUGAUUUGUGUUAUGAGAAGUUGGAACAUUUGCAGAGUUUCUUGAUAAAGUAUGUGAGCAAUGCUUCUCAGUUAGCAACACAUGAUGUCAUUGACUGGACCUGUCUGAGAGGAUGGGUGAAUACUCCUUUGGGCUUGUCAAUGGAGCAGGAGAUCUACAAGUCGAGCAAUGUUUUGAGACAUUAUUGCAAGAUUGCGAGGCUGAAGGCAGAAGGGUCCAUACCUGUUUGUGUUUUACAAGGAGCUAAAGGAUUGGCAAUCUUAACAGUUGCAAAAGCUGGCAUGGUUCUCACCUACAAAUUAGGCACUGGUUUAGUUAUUGCUCGACGAGAAAAUGGUUCCUGGUCAGCACCAUCAGCAAUAUUGUCCUUUGGUUUAGGUUGGGGUGCACAGGUUGGUGGGGAGCUUACAGAUUUUGUUAUUGUGCUCCGCAAUUCUGCUGCAGUCAAAGCCUUCAGUAGUCGAAUGCAUUUCUCUUUUGGAGGUGGAUUAAGUGCAGCAGCUGGACCAUUAGGUAGAGCUGUAGAGGCAGAUCUCCGAGCUGGAGAUGAAGGAAUAGCUGCCUGUUAUACAUACAGUUGUAGCAAAGGUGCUUUUGUUGGAUUGUCACUAGAGGGAAAUAUUGUUGCUUUACGAUCAAAGACAAACACACUAUUCUAUGGGGAUCCAUAUCUUACACCUACUGAUAUUCUCCUCGGUUCAGUGGAAAGCCCAAGGGCAGCAGCACCUUUAUACAAUGCUUUGAAUGAUCUGUUUCAGUGUUUGGAAGGAUGAUAUAUACACCUGUAAAUCUGUAAAUUUUUUAAAAAGUUCUGUUUAAGCUCUUACAAUGUCAAUAGCUGUACAAGAUGUAAGAAAUAUUUUUAGUGGUAAUUGCAAUGGCGAAAUGCCAUGAGAUAUCACUGAUAUUGUGCCCUUUGUGAAACAGUUGCUUGAAAAUAUAGUUUGAUGUUACUGCCCAUUGAAAUUGCUUGGAACCUGCUUUCAUUUGAAGCGGAUGUGCAAUGAUAUUACAGUUUACUUUUA